AGCAAAACCAGGCGUGACAAAGAGGGUGAUGAGAGUAUGAAGUGCUCCAAUUCACCGGGACACUACAUGAUACCCCGGCGCAGAGCAAACAAGAGACUCUGAGGGGCCACAGAUACAGGUUUGUCUUUAAUAGUCAGACCCUUGAUACUUGCUUGAGCUGCAUUUCUCUGAGACGAUGAGCUGUGUCGCUCCCAUGAGGAGGAUUCUGAAUGACAAAGGCUGACGGGAGAGCAAGGCAGAGAAAAGGACUUAAAUGUUCAGAGACAGGAGCUUGACAAGUGUUUUGUUUCUGUGAGCAUGGCAGACAAAGUGGGCUCCGGUGAGGACGUGAACACGAGCUCUGCGACGGAGGAGGAGAUCCUCGCAUCAUCACAUGAAGACCAGCAGACCGACAAAGAGCCCCUCUCAUUCCUGCCUCCUCUUCCUCACCUUUCAUCUUUACCUUCAACAGUGCCCCCUCCAUCAGACCAGGCCUUCCUGCAAGCGGCCGCCAUUUUCCAGCAGCUGCGGACAGAGAAGUCGGCCACGAAACAGCGUCUGCAUUAUGGGAAGAAGAAGACGGACACAACACAAACAGAGACUGGAGAUGAAACCCCACAGAGACAGGCCUACCAGCUCGCCUUCAACACCCUCAAAUACCAAGAGUUACUGGAGGACAUGAUCACUGACAGCUGCUUUCACACGUCUCAGCAUAUCUCCAGCGACUUGUUGCCGCUGGCGAUGGUGAUGCUGUUUGACUUCCAGGACCGAAAGUUUCUGUGGCGUAAACGUUCACCAGAGGAAGGGGAGGAGCGUCCGCAGGAAGUGAGGGACCUGGAGAGCAGUCUGCAGAAGUGUAAAAUCAAGCUGGCAGCGUCUCUAGCUCGCUGCAGAGUGAAACAGAGUCUGCAGAGCAUCUCCUGUUUUCUGUCUGAUCCUGUCAGGUCCAAACAACACAGAGCCAAACAACUGCCACUUUACGCAUGGGUCAAUACUCUCAGGAGCAGUGUUGACGAAGUGUGUGAGGCGUUACAAAGAGCCGGUGUGUGUGAAGCGAAGAGCAUGGCCGAGCUCGGGGAGUCGACUUUCUGCAGAGACCCUCUCUGUCCGGACACGCUCGUCUUCUCCCAACAGCUCAGUGCUCUGCUCUGCCACGGCAGCCUCACAGCAACACAUGUGCUGAACACACAGGACAGGAGUGUGUGCGUGGCAGUGAGUGUGUUACGCCCCCUGGUGUUUGAAAGAGGCGACGUCCUGGUGGCGGGGUCUUUCUCUGCUAUGACCACGGCUCACGUGGCCAUGGUGGCCGCUGCCCGCUCAGGCCGAGUGUUGGUGUGUGGCGCCGAUCACACGCCUUCACAGAUAGAAGAGAUGAAAGAGCUGCUCACACAAAUGGACAUUAAAAACGUGCGAGUACUGUCUGAAGCGUUCCUCGGGCUGAACGAAGGAGACGCCACCGUCCAGCGUUUAAAGGUCAUCCUGGUGCUGCCUCGGUGUUCGUCCUCCGCCCUCAACGACCCCGUGCCCGCCAUCCACAGCGAGCAUGGAGACUGGGAUCUGCUGUCAGACUUGUCUCAAGGUUCCGUAUCCAAGAACAAAAUACAGACGAUGGCCACCCAGCAGGCUCGACUGCUAACACACUCUCUCUCCUUCCCAAAGGUUCAGACUGUGGUUUACUGCACGCGCUCAGUGUGUCCGGAGGAAAAUGAACAGCUGGUGAAAAGAGUGUUGGAGAAAACACACACUCACCCCAAACUGCUGCCCUUCAGGAUAAACGGCCCAAUAUUUCCCGAUCACUUUCAGUCAGGAGACACGUCAGCAGACUCCAAGUUCUUCAGGCUGGAAACAUCUCAGAUCACCAACGGCUGCUUCAUCGCACGGCUGUCCCGGCAGGCGGAUCCGACUAAGGUGGAAACAGUCCAGGAUGUGUUGGCGAGGGCAGCAGCAAAGGGCCUCCUGGGUGGGAUAUUGCCUGAACAGUCCAAACCUGUUAAAAAGGGGAAAAGCAGGAAGAAUCGAGCAGCGUCAGCCAGCAGCAGACCGUCGUCUCCUUCGAGCCAGGAGAGGCAGACGGAAAGGGAUGCGGCCACACCUUCAGAGGAGAGGAAAGGUGAAUGCAGCGAGGAGGAGAAGGAGGAAGAUGAGGAGGGAAAGGGAGGGAAGAAGAAGAGAGGGCCUAAAGGGCGGAAGCAAAAGGUCAAACGACAAAAGACAAAGCAUCAUCCCAAAGGCCACAAGAAGAAAUCCACGAAGAAAAAAGUCAAUCAGUCGCAUCACAAGAGGACGAAAGUCAAACCGAGGAGAAUACCUCGCCUCACGCUGUCACUGAUGUCCUCUGCAAAAACCUUCAGCCACUUGUCUCCCAUCACAGCCAUAGCACACAAACUAAGUGACAGCACGACAAUUAGCACACAGCAGACGGUCUUUGGCGCCCUUUCUCCCGCCUGUCCUGCUCCACCUGCAGCCUCCACCUCCAAGCAGGUGAGACAAAACGCACCGAGAGCAGAGAAAACGCCGAAGGACGCGGCUAAACCAGAGAGGCCGUUCAAGACCAGAGGACAGGCGGUCAGACCGAAGACGGAGGGGGUCACGCGGGUCACGCAGAAGCCCGCGGAUUUCACCCUGCCACCCAUCUCCUUCCCAUCCCCGAGCUCUCUGAACAGCAGGGGGGACAGUCCUCUCUCUCAGCGUCCGUCCCGGGCAUCCAACUCUCAGCUCACACAAAUGUCUGCGUCCUCGUCCUCCGUCUCUCUGCCUGCACUGUAGAAAUAUGUCAAAUAUCAGAAUAUCCUGAAGCUACAGCUACUAUCGAGUCAAUUAUUCGAAUUAUUUUUUAUUCUAAUGAAUAUUCUAAUGUUAAAUGAUCAGGUCUACACUGUGUAGCAGAAUGAUUUGCACAGCAGAAGAUGGCACUUUAUAAAAGUCAUUGAGAUAAAUUGGACAAAAUAAACAUUAAU